UGUGUAGAGGGGCGUGGACGGGUGGGGGAGCCGGAAUUUUGUAUUUCUAACAAAAUACAAAGUUCUUCGGUGAUGCUUGGGAACUGCUGUUUCUUAAAGCAACGGGGUCUUGAAUUCCACCCCGUGGCUCGUCCGUGGAGAAGGUUCCAGCCCGCAGAGGUUUACAGUCACUAGGGAAAUUGCCCGCUUCCUCGAAGGGGUUUCUCGGCGGCCCAUAACGGUGAGAAGCAGCAGCAAAAGCCGGCAAGGACAAGGAAAGAGCGGGAAGACUUCCCGGACUGGACGACCCCUCGGAGCUGCCCAGCGAAGCGAGGGCGGGAGAACAGCCCCCGGGGCCAACCCACAGACGCUCAGAGGGCGCGGACCUGGAGGAGGCGCCCCAGAAGGCGGCGCCUGUCGGAGGAAGUUUGCCCUUUAAUUGCAGAGCCGGGUUCGCAGUCGCAGGCACCUCCAGGAGCGAGCGGCGGGCGCCGACGGGAGCUGUCAGCGCGGCCCGGCGUGCACCGCCUGCACCGCGGCCAUGGGCGGCUCGGCCUCCAGCCUGCUGGACGAGGGCAAGUGCAGCUACAUCCGAGGGAAAACUGAGGCUACUAUCAAAAACUUCAGUCCCUACUAUAGUCGCCAGUACUCUGUGGCUUUCUGCAAUCAUGUACGCAGUGAAGUAGAACAGCAAAGAGAUUUAACUUCACAGUUUUUGAAGACCAAGCCGCCAUUGGAGCCUGGAACUGUUCUAUAUGAAGCAGAGCUAUCCCAGUUUGCUGAAGACAUAAAGAAAUGGAAGGAGCGGUACAUUGUGGUUAAAAAUGAUUUUGCUGUGGAGAGCUAUGAGAACAAAGAGGCCUAUCAGAAAGGAGUGACUCCUAAAAGCCGAAUUCUUCCAGCUGGGGGCAAGGUGUUAACCUCAGAAGAUGAAUAUAAUUUGUUAUCUGAUCGGUUCUUCCCCGACCCUAUUGCCUCCAGUGAGAAGGACAACGCCCAGCCCUUCGUGGUCUUGCCCAAGGAAUUCCCGGUGUACCUGUGGCAGCCGUUCCUCAGACAUGGCUACUUCUGCUUCCACGAGGCUGCGGACCAGAAGAAGUUCAGCGCUGUCCUCAGUGACUGCAUCAGACAUCUGAAUCACGAUUACAUGAAGCAGAUGACGUUUGAAGCCCAAGCGUUUCUGGAAGCUGUCCAGUUCUUCCGUCAGGAGAAGGGACACUAUGGCUCAUGGGAAAUGAUCACUGGGGAUGAAGUCCAGAUCCUGAGUAACCUGGUGAUGGAGGACCUCCUGCCAACCCUUCAGACGGACCUUCUGCCGAAAAUGAAGGGGAAGAAGAAUGACAGAAAGAGGGCCUGGCUCGGCCUUCUUGAAGAAGCCUACAACCUGGUUCGACACCAAGUUUCAGAAGGAUUAAGUGCCUUGAAGGAGGAGUGCCGUGCUCUGACGAAGGGCCUGGAGGGGACCAUCCGUUCAGACAUGGAUCAGAUCGUGAACUCGAAGAACUUUUUAAUUGGAAAGAUCAAAGCCAUGGUGGCCCAGCCCGCAGGAAGAAGCUGUGCAGAGAAUGUGCAACCGUUCUUGGCGUCCAUUCUGGAGGAGCUCAUGGGGCCAGUGAGUUCAGGAUUCAGUGAGGUGCGCUCACUCUUUGAAAAAGAGGUGGAUGAACUUAGCCAGAAUUUUCAGACCACCAAAGACAGAGCCCAGCUUAAGGAGCAUCUAGACCGGCUCAUGAAUCUUCCACUGGAUUCCAUGAAGAUGGAACCUUGUUACAGUAAAGUCAACCUGCUCCAGGAGCGUUUGCAGGAUCUCAAGAGCCGCUUCCGAUUCCCCCACGUGGACCUGGUGGUCCAGAGGACACAGAACGACAUGCAGGAGCUGAUGGAGAACGCGGUGUUCACCUUCCAGCAGCUGCUUUCCCCACACCUCCAGGGAGAGGCCGCCAAAACUGCAGUCGCCAUCGAGAAGGUUAAGCUCCGAGUCUUAAAGCAAUAUGAUUAUGACAGCAGCACCAUCCGGAAGACGAUAUUUCAAGAGGCACUGGUUCAAAUCACACUUCCCACCGUGCAGAAGGCACUGGCAUCCACGUGCAAACCAGAGCUCCAGAAAUUCGAGCAGUUCAUUUUUGCAGAUCACACCAAUAUGAUUCAUGUGGAAAAUGUCUAUGAGGAGAUUUUACAUCAGAGCCUCCUUGAUGAAACUCUGAAAGUGAUAAAGGAAGCUGCUCUCCUGAAGAAACACAACUUAUUUGAAGACAACAUGGCCUUGCCCAGUGAAAGUGUGUCCAGCUUAACUGAUCUGAAAACCCCCUCAGGGUCAAACCAGGCCAGCCCUGCCAGGAGAGCCUCGGCCAUUCUGCCAGGAGUUUCACAGAGCGAGACACUGAGUAACGAAGUGUUCCAAGAGUCAGGGGAGAAGAAGCAGCCUGGGGUCCCUAGUCCGUUGGCCAAAGGAGAAAGUCUGUCCUUCCCUGUCCCCACCCCUCCCCCCGAUGGCACCAGACAGGGGACUCCAAGUACAGAUGACCCUGUUGUGGCUCUUGUGACUACAGAGGACACGGAAGGAGCCCUGGGCACAUCCUCGUCAGAGCUGGAGUUUGGAGGGUCUCCUGAGGACGGAGAACCCACCCACAAAAAGCCAGAAGCCAGCUCUGACUUGGGCUCCUUAAAGGAGCUCAGAAAUUUGUUGACGGUGACCAUUGAAGUGCCAGUGGAAUCGGCCACCCUCGAGAUUGAGAAUGCUUCCCAUGAAGAGACCCGUGCUCCCCCAGAAAUUGAAAAAUUAGGGGAAACAACCCAGAUCGACACGGAGGCCGAUCAAGCAGCUGCCUCCAGUCAAGACACCUGUGAAGGGAGCGAAAUCAGUGAGAGGGAGGCCCAUUAUCCCCCUCCGGAGGCGGAGGCAGAGGCUGGCAGGGUGGAGUUGGGAGGGUUGCUGGGGGCUCAGUUGGCCUGUGAAGGGCUCACCGAGGGUGCCAGCAGCGCAGGCCGCCCAGAGCAGCAAGCAGAGGCUAGGAAGCCCACUGAGAGGGAGCUCACAGCGGGGGCUUCCAGACCGGAUGCCCAGGAAGGAGAAGGGGUCAAGGCCAUGGUGGAGGGUGAGGCCAGGCCACAAGAAGGUUGCAUUUCCAGUGCUCACCACACCUGCCUCCAUGAGAGCCAGGGUUCAGCGGAAGAAGCCCUGGGAGGGACCAGCAGCCUGGCCCAGACUACCGCUGCUGGUACGGAUACAGAGAAGGUUAAGCCUGCUGGUGUUCACGAGUGCCAGUGGGUAGUGGAGAAUGCUCCAAACUUCGAUCUGCUCGGUUCACAAGAGGCGGGGGAGAGUACCCUAGGGCAGCCCUCCGAAGAGUGAAAGGGACAAUUUGGCAUAAGUAUUUCUUUGCACAAACUCAGCCAAAGGUUAAUAGGUAUGGGUAUGCUUAGGGGUUGCACACAAGCUGUUACCGAAAAAAAAAAAUUUUUAAGUACUUCCUUAACAUGUGUAAUGAAACCAGAGGAAGUGCACACAGGCCAUGCACACUGAGGCAGACCUUUGUGAACUGAACUGCUCUACAGUGAUUUACAGCUUCAGCAUUUUGGUGGGACGUGUUUGGGGUGAGAGGCAGCUGAGGGUGUCGGAGCGAGGCAGUGGCAUUCCAGCGAAGACGAAGAAAACAGUAGGUGCACAGUUUCCAAUACACUGCACGUUUUCCUCUAAUGUACUUCGAGGCUUUUUAAUUUUGGGGAGGAAUGCAAAGGUGUAUUGGAAAUCCGGCUUCACCAACCACUAGCAACCUCGCUGGCUCAGCAUCCAUCCACAGCCAGACUGCGGGCAGGGGUCGCUGGAAAAGAAGGGCAGCGCCUGAGAGAUUAUGCCCGAGACAGCCCUGGGAAAGCGGAGCAACAGUGGAGGAAGGUUGUGGUCUGUGGGGCUGUCUGAGCCUGUUACUAAUUCUGCUAUCAAUUUCUUGUUAAUUAAUCACGUUGAUUCUUAUUAAUUAAUCACCUUUUGGGGAAAUUCAGAUGUGGCAAGGAAAUUUCCUUGGCGUGUUUAAGCCUGAAAGCAUUCCAGACUAGUCUUCGACUGGGCGGACAGGCCUUAGCUAAUGGUUGAGUGUAAAAGACUACAGGUUAAACAAGCAUUAUUCGAGUACCUGCUGUAUGCCACGGGCUGUGCUGGGCAUAGUGACAACAGCAACAACAACAGCGAAGAAGGAUAAGGGGAGGAGGAGAAGGAGGGAGAGGAGGAAGAGGAGGAGAAAAAAAGAUAAAGUGCUUUGUCUGUCCUAAAUUAAAAGACCUACAGGAAUUUAAAGGGAAAAAUAGGCCAAUUUUCAAACCAUGACAAAUUUGUCUAUCCGUUGAAAUGGUCCUGAUUCAUUCCCAGAAGGGGAAUAAAGUGAAUAAAUGGUAAAGAAAGAAAGAGGAAAAAAAGAGGAAGAAAGAAAGGAAGGAAGGAAGAGAGAAAGGAAGGAAGACAGAAGAAAAUGAAAAGCCCAGAUGUACAUCGUCAAGUUCCAAUCAAGUUUCAAAGAUGUCACCAAAAGUGGAAAUCAUUUGUUUGGUCAUUCAGUAAGUUAACUGAGCCCCUAUGAUGUUCCAGGUGCUACAGAUACUGUAGUGAAAAAGACUCUGGUCCUCUCUCCUGGAAUUUACACUUCCAUGGAAAUAGACACAAAUACAUCUCCUCAAUGGAUAGUGACCUAGAAAUGUUAAUGUUAGAGAACUUACUUGUAGAAGAUUAAAAAGCUGUGUUCUGUUAUCCUUCCAAAAAAUACUGUAUCAUUUCCUAGAAGUUUAGUCCCCGGUGGUACCUCUUGACAUUUCCUUCCACAAAUUUUAAUAUCAGAUCCCAACAUACUGUCCUAAAAGCUUGUUUUGAUCAUCCUCAGCAAGUUUUAUCAGCUGUUUAGAGAAUUUUCCCCACAGUUUAACUCUUCCAGCAGGAAUUUAAAUCUUCCUCUGUCCAACUCCCCAUGAAGAAUUUCUAGGUGAUAGGAGCACCUGGGUGGCUCAGUGGGUUAAGCCUCUGCCUUCAGCUUAGGUCACGAUCUCAGGGUCCUGGGAUCGAGCCCCACAUUGGGAUCUCUGCUUGGCGGGGAGCCUGCUUCCCCCUCUCUCUCUGUCUACUGCUCUGCCUACUUGUGAUCGCUCUCUCUCUGUGUCAGAUAAAUAAACAAAUAAAUCUUAAAAAAAAAAAAAAGGAAUUUCUAGGUGAUAAAGGAUGAAUAAUAAUCAGUAUCAUUAUAGUCUCAUAUUGAAUCACAUCUAUGAAGGGUCUCCUUAGAAAGAAAGAAGGUAGAGACCCCUCCUCCCUGGUCCCUGCAGUACCCAGUGCUCACUCUUACCCUUGCACUGAGCUCAAAGUACUGAAAUUGUGUCUACUUCCCAUCUCUUCUGGGGCUUCUCUCUUCAAGGACAGAGACUGGGGUUUAUUAAUCCUGCUAGAGAUACACAGCCUUGAGUAAUGGCUCCCUGCCUUCUCAAGUCAUUUUCAUGUCCCUAGUGCCUUGCACAAGAACCAGCUGGUGUCGAGCUGCUCAAGACACGUGAGACCUGCUUACCCCCCUAUGCUACUGUGCUGGGGCUAUUUGGGGCUUGCUGUCAGGCAGGGAGACAUUUUUAAUUGGGCUUUCUGCCCUUGGGGAGCCUUCCCUUAGGUCAAGUCCAAAGUCCAAGAGGCAGACAGCCAGAUGAUCAGAUGCGUUGCCCAGGAAGUCUGGGAGCCAAAGGAGGAGCGCGCAGCCUCACCAAGGACUGCCCUUCUCUUCAGGAGAAUGUCAGCGAGCAAGGAGGUCCCAGCCUUGCUGCAGCCCAUGCUGGACCUUCCCAGGUUCCUUCCUUUGCUCCCCUCAGGGCUUCUCGGACCCCUUGGAAAAUUAAGAAAUUUUUCCAACCCUGAAAGAAAGCAGAUCUGCAUUGGAUGGAUGACUGUCAGUGCCCUCCCUUUACCCAUCCCGUGGACCAGAGGGCACUGGGCACUACAUGGUAGGACAUACUUGAGAACACAAAGAAUUUUUCUGUAUGUAUUUCACAAAAGACAAGUUCACUAGACUAAGUGGGAUGAUUGUGCCAUCUAAAGAUGGAACAGGAAAAUAAAGUUCAUUAAAAAUAUUUCUUAUUUGUUUUAACAUGCUGAAUGAAGUAACUUCACAUUACUAUGAGUUUGUCUCAUUUUAAAUAGACUUGUAUAUGUUGCUUCAGUGGCUUCCAGGUUAGAGCAAGGUUAUUAUAAUUUAAUUGAUCAGCAUGCAGAUCUCCUGCGGCUGCUCUGGGGAAUCUCUCCUCCAGGCAAAUCCAUUAGAAAUGCAUAAAGCCUCAGGACAUGGUUUUUGGGAAAAAUUCCAUGACUUCAAACGAGUCAUGUUACUAUUGACCUUUAACAAAGAGAAUAUUUGCCUUGAAAAAAAAUUAUCUUGUCAUUUUUUUUUUUCCUUUGCAGCUUAGAGUGGAGAUAGUGGUGCUUUGAAUCCCACAGAAAAAACUUAAAAAAAAAAAAAAAGUAUUUUGGACACCACAAGGGUAAGAUUCCAAUCUGUCCAAAAGCUUUUAUAAAGAGUCUGCCUGUGAAAAACUGCAGGUCCCUGGGCCUGAUCUUCUACAUUUUAUUGCAAAGUUUCUCGAGUCUGGUUUUGUAACCCUCCAGACUGGAGUCUGUGAUUUCCAAGGGUUUCACAGUUCUGCCAGAUGAGUGAAUUUCACUCUUUAUCAAAAGUGCUAGGUGCUGUAUGCUCCGUAGCAGUUUUAAUCUGGGGAAGGGAAGGACAUCACUGACUAAAACAAUCAGGUUCACUAGGUAAAAAAGUUGGCUAUAUGUGUAGUACUUUAGUAUAAGUAAGCGGGUUUGGGGACUUGCCUUCUGAAGUCUGGAACUUCAAGAAAAAAAAUCUACCCUGUGGAUGGUUUUUUCUGGUCACUAUAUAAAGCAAAUAGACUUAAAGCACUUUGUAACCACAUAUUUACUCUGCCAAGUGCCUAUAUUCCAAUAAAAUGUUCAUCCUUGAA